AUGGACGAAGAAGUAGCCUUGAAAACUUUAAAAGAAAUGAUUUCAAACUUUAUUGCCCAAGACAGUUUAUUCCCUCAAGGAUUGGACAUGAAAAAGCAGGAAAAAAUGAUUGGAGCAGUGUUUGGGGAAAAGUUAAGUUCCUCAGGUGGCAAAGAUAAAGUAAUUCAUGAAACCCGCACAGUUUUAAAUGGAUUAGUGAAUGUGAAAAUUGAAGAACUAUCUAAUAAGGACUAUGAUGAAGGUAAAAAAUGUAGCAAGAACCCAAAUACGAUUAAAAAAUUGGCGGGAUUGUAUAAGUUAGCCGAUGCAAAGGUUGAUUAUCAGAAAAUAGAAAAUGAUGAAGGUAAAUUAGUGUGA